CCGCGCGUACAUGCAGUGUACAAGCUUACAAGUUAUGUGUCAUACACAACAUAUAAUAAUUAACACAUACAAGUAAAUAUAUAUUGUAAAGUCUCAAAGACUUGUGAUUAACUGUGAUAUGAAAAAAAUUACAUUUCUAAUUAUUAGGAAUUAAAUUGUCUGAUCUCGAAUAUUUUGCCUAUGAGAUUAUUAAGAUAGACUUAAACACAUCACAAAAUGGUCGGCAAUGAAACUUAUAAGUCCAACGGUGACUCUCAUACAGACAUCGGUCAAGAUUUGAAGGACAUUAACAAAAUAAACUCGAUUAAGUCAGAAAAUAAUAAGGAGAUAGUACCGCAUUACACUAAGGACGACUCACCUCCCGGAGAGCGCGUUAAAUUUGAAGGACUGGAAGACCUCGAUAGUAUAUUUUCAGAAGAAGAUGCCGAUAAACUGCCACCUAUCCCUGACGGAGGAUGGGGAUGGGUAGUGGUUUUCGCUGCGUUUUUAACAUCGGCUUGUGCGGACGGCUUGGCAUACUCCUUCGGUAUUCUACACGAAGAAUUCACGAACUACUUCAAUGAAUCACAAUCAAAGACCUCCUUGAUUGGAAGCUUGUUUAUAUCGAUACCUUUAAUAUCUGGACCGAUAAUGAGCGCUCUAGUCGACAGGUACGGUUGCAGAGUCAUGACAAUGAUUGCCGCUUUACUUUCGACUAUUGGUUUCUUAUUGGCUGCUUUAAGUAAUUCAGUCGAAAUGUUGUGUUUGACACUUGGUGUUAUCAGUGGCUUAGCGAUGGGAAUAUUUUAUGUUACCUCAGUAGUUGCGGUUGCAUUUUGGUUCGAUAAGAGAAGAACCCUCGCAGUAUCUAUAGCUUCAUGUGGCAUUGGAUUUGGGACAUUAAUAUAUUCGCCGUUAACAGAUUUUUUCAUACAGUUGUAUGAUUGGAGAAAUACAAUUGUGUUAUUAGCUGGUACGAUUUUAAAUGUAUGUGUGUGCGGCGCUCUUAUGAGAGAUCCAGAUUGGAUAAUAAUAAAAGAAAAAAGAGAAAAGAAACAAGCUAAAACGAGGUCACGAAAGUCCUCAAGUGCUGGCUCUGUCUCUUUGAAAUCAAUCGGGGCCGAUUCUUUGUAUCUAAGUGCAGAUGAACUUAAUGACUUACUCAAAAGUGGUAAAAGUCCAGAAUAUAUUUUGGCAACAUUAACGACAACAUUAGCCGCGGCUGAACAGCUAGAGGCAACAACACAGAUGAACGUUGAACAGUCUUAUAAGAGGGUACAUUCGGAUCUACAUUUGCCAACAUUUAUCCAAACGGGCGAUCAGGUUCCAGUUGAAGUGAUCGAAAAACUAAUGACUAACAAACGUUUAUACAACAUAAUUGUACAAAAUUAUCCCGAUUUACUCACAAGAAGACGAUCGGAAGUCAAUUUAAACGUGGAACCUUCCAUAGCGAAUACACUAACGGAACCAACUACAAUGAAAUUAACGGUGAUGGCAAAAAAACCUAAAGUUACAACAGAAACUGAAAAUAUUAAGAAGGCUGAUGAAGUAAAACAUGGUCAUCAUAAUGAAAUGACAAAGCACGUUCCCGUAGUUACAAAUACAACGGAUACCAAAGUAAAACAAGAUAAUCCAAUGCCGGCCAAGGCUAUCAACCCUAUCGAAACUACUCAACAGCCGGGUUGGUUAACGAGACAAAUCAACACUGACCAUCAUUAUUUGAGGGACAUGGCAUUAUAUAAAAAUACGAUCAUGCAUCGUGGAGCGAUGAUGAAUAUACCGAGAUAUAAGCUACGUGCUUCAUCGUUACCUGAUAUUUACAGGAAUUCAUCUUGGUCAUUGUGGUCGGGUUCUGAUGAUAAUAAGAGAUGGUAUGAUAAACUAAUUGACGGCCUCAAAAGCACCUUCGACUUCAAGAUGUUCACCGAGUUUCACUUCCUCAUUUUCAACCUGGCGUCCCUCAUACUCGCGGUGUGGGCCAUCAUCCCUUACUUCUUCCUGAAGUCCUACAUGACAACUAUGAAUAUGGAUGGGGGAGCCACGAUGAUCAGCAUUGUUGGUAUCGCGAGUGGGAUUGGAAUUGUGGUUUUGGGCUGGGCUGGUGACCAACCUUGGCUGGAUGUAACAAAAGCAUUUGCGGUGUGCCUUUUUAUCUGUGGCAUCUCUAUCGGCGCGUACCCUCUCUUCAUAACCAACUACUGGGCUCUCGCCGUGAUAUCCACAAUAUUCGGCCUCUCCUACGCCAGCUCGUAUUCUUACACGCCAGCGAUUUUAAUAAAAUUGGUACCUAUUGACUAUUUCACCCUUGGCUAUGGACUCAUCUUGCUAAGUCAAGGCCUUGGACAUCUCAUUGGUCCUCCACUUGGAGGUCUUCUUUUUGAUUUAACGAACAGCUGGGAUAUUACUUUCUACGUCGGCGGUGUGUGGGUGAUAAUUGCGGGAGUGUGCGUUGGUAUCAUUCCCUACACGGAGAACUUGCGUCUGUGUGGUUCGGCGCCACUGCUCAAUGACGCUGAUGAAGCUCAAAGCAAAAAAUCUGUGAAUGUGUAACCAAAGUUAUUAUAUAAAAAUAUUUCAAAUAACAA